AUGGCGGCACUACUCCAUAGGAAAUUGAUGUUCAGCGACGAUGGAGCCAUUAGCGAGGAACCGUGCAUACGACCCUGCAGUUAUCCGACAUCGUACCACGACACUAUCAUCUGUCCCGCAGAAUGCUUUGACGUCUGUCCUUCAAUCUGUGGCGACACCAGUCCGCCGCCAAUCGUCGACCCCCACCCCAAUGCUCUCUACAUCAUCGUUUUUCUCCCCGUGAUCAUGACCACCGUUUUGGUAUGCGGUUGCCUCUCCAUCUACCGGUGGACUGCCGGGCAAUCAUGGCCGCCGCCGCAGUUCGCCGGCGGGGAUGGUGGCGCGCGGUGGUAUGUCAGAACGCCCGGCGGCCUGCAUUCCUCCGUCAUCGACGCGAUCGCGGUUCGCAGGUACAGGAAAGGAGAAGGAGCGGUGGAGGGAUCAGAGUGCCCGAUUUGUCUGAGCGAGUUCCGAGAAGAUGAGAUUCUUAGGGUUUUGCCCAACUGUGAGCACGCUUUUCACGUGCCUUGUGUUGAUGCUUGGCUAAAAUCACACGCGAAUUGCCCCGUCUGUCGUGGUAGCGUUGUUGAGAGUAUUGAAAACUCCGAUGUUACCCCACCGGUGCUAGUUAUGAACAGGGAAUAUGGAGGAAUUCCAGAGAGUAAUGGACGGGAAAGAGAGGACUCGGAGGCUCAUGAACUGAGGAGUCGUGUCAAUGAGAAAGAAGACGAGUCAACGCAACAAAAUAUAGUGGCAAAGAACAAUAUUGUUGAACAUUCUUGA